UUCCUCAACUUUAUUUCUCUCUCUCUCUUGUCGCGGCGGCUUUGAAGGGGGUAGUUCAAGAAAGAGGGCGAAAAAGUUUCGUCUGCUGGGCUUCUUCCAGGUGAUUGGGGUGAAUCUCUUUUGUCAGUAUCACUACCCAAGACAAUGAAGCCGCGGAAACUCUAUAUAGCUGUGAAAGAUUUCAUGGGGGAAGCCAAAACAGGCGGAGAAGUCAAGGUAUCCAGGGGUAGCUUACUAAGCCAGGAAGAUGCCCGCGGGAUCUCCCCUGGUGGAACAUUUUGGGCCAGGGUCUUGGAUGCAGAAAAGGUGGUCCGGGUACCACCCUCGAUGGCCAAGGAACUGAGCGGAGCCCAGUCUGGGUUGCUAGAAGCCGUGACCAAUGGAGAUGAACGCCUGGCACUCUUCAAGCAGGAGCGGUGGAUGCAGAAACUCAGCGCUCUGGGGAAGGGUGACCGAGUGAGAGUCCAGAUCACCUCUUCUUCUGGGCAGAAAGUCCCAGGAAUCAUCCGAUACCGAGGAUCCAUAGACAAGAACAAGCAAGAUACCAGCAUCAUCUUUGGGGUCGAGCUAGUGGGCUCGGCAGCCGGCAAGGGUUUUACAGAUGGCUCCUUCAAAGGACAGAAGUUCUUCUCCUGCCGUGAGAACUGUGGUGUCUUUGUACCCGUCAGCCGGAUUGAACCUGACAAAGCGGCUGAGGGUAGCCCAGCAGCACCUCGAAGAGGAGUGAUCCGGGAGUGUACAAGAGUCAAGCUUACCACGGGAGAUCCCUUGUCGUCCCCAGGGCUAACGUUUGGAGACCGGGUCUUUUUCAAGAUGGAAAACAGCACCCCUACUGGCAGUGUGGUAUACUGCAAUUAUCUUCCAGGGAAAUAUGAAGCCGGAGUAUUUGUGGGAAUUUUUCUAGAUCAGCCCGUGGGAUCCUGGGAUGGUUGCUUCAAAGGCAAAGCUCUCUGUCAUUUCCCGUCACCCAAAUAUGGAAUCUUGCUCCCCCUUUCCAAGGUCUAUAAAGAACAUGUUGAUAAAGGUCAAGAGAUCCUAAACAGCAACUCCUCCACCCCUACCUCAGAUGAAUAUGAAGAUUGUCCAUCCCCUUCCUCCAUCAAAUAUCCUCCACCAAUGAAGGAGUGUUUAUCCCAGAACUCUCCUCCUUUAGCCCCUUCGGCAAAUUUGGAGGACAUCAAGGAAGAAUUAGAACACAUUUUUGAGAGGAAGAAGAAAAAAAGUGAGGCAGAAGAAUCUGAGGAGGACCAGGAUAGCAGACAAUAUGACUACCAUCUCUUAGAGAUCAAUUCCAUGGUGGAGGUUUAUAAUCCACCCAUCUACGGUGUGAUACGUUGGAUUGGAGACCUACCAGAUGCAGAUGAGACAGUUGCUGGCUUGGAGCUGGAGGAACCACUGCCAACAGGCUGCACAGAUGGACAAUACAGAGGGAACCGCUAUUUCUACUGCCAACCAAACAAAGCCCUGUUUGUCAAGCUGAGUCAUUGCCACCCUGACUCACGUUUUGAUACCUUGCAGACUCCUGAAAAUCCUGUUUUGCGAUGCAACUCCCUGGAUUUCCGGGUCUAUGCCAGUGCCAAGGUAGAAGAAGAUACUCCACCACCACCGUUGGGCAAUCAAAGUUUGGAACUUCUCUCAGGAUGGAAGAAGGGGAUCCAAGGUCAUUGCAACUCUUGCUACCUCGAUGCUACUUUGUUCUGUAUGUUCUCCUUUACUUCUGUAUUGGAUUCCUUGCUUCUACGCCCAGCAGACAAGAACGAUGGGGAAUCUUACACCGAGACCCGAGAUCUCUUAAGAACGGAGAUUGUCAACCCUUUGCGCAAGAACGGCUACGUGUGUGCUACCAAAAUCAUGGCCUUGCGGAAAGUUUUGGAAACAGCUGGGCACUCCUCUGGUUUCACCAGUGAAGAAAAAGACCCAGAAGAGUUCCUCACGCUGCUCUUCCGAGUGCUAAAGAUGGAGCCCCUCUUUCAGAUCCGCUCAGCUGGCCAGGACCCUCAUGGCUGCAUAUUCUACCAGAUAUUUACUGAGGACCACCCUACUCAUGUAGUCCCAACGGUUCAAGAGCUUCUGGAGGGAUCACUGGUGAUCGGGGAUCUCAAAUUCACAGAGGCCCCUUCAUGCCUUAUCCUUCAGAUGCCUCGGAAUGGGAAGAACUUCAAAGCUUUCCGAACCAUCCAACCCAGCCUGGAACUUGACCUCACGGAUCUUCUGGAAGAAACUCCCCGAGAGUGUUCUGUAUGCCAAGGACUGGCUGUGAUGGAGUGUCUAGAUUGCUAUCAGGAUCCUAGUUUCGGCAUGCGACACAUCAAACAGUUCUGCAAGAUUUGCAAUCAGCAGGUUCACAAGCACCGGGCCCGACGGUACCACCAACCCCGUCCACUGCAUCUUCCUGAGGAGCUUUGUCACUUUGGCUCUUUGCCAGAGAACAUCCCCCGCCAGACAAUGCAGCUCUUCGCAGUUCUCUGCAUUGAAACAAGUCAUUACGUGGGCUUUACCCGCUACGGUCCAGAUGUCCACCAGUGGCUUUUCUUUGAUAGUAUGGCUGACCGUGAGGGUGGAUUGAAUGGCUUUAAUAUCCCCCAUGUCACACCGUGUUCAGAGGUAGCAGAUUACUUGGAAAUGCCCAUUGAAGCUCUGCAAACUUUGGAUCCCAAAUCUUUACCCUCUUAUGCCCGCCGCUUGCUCUGUGAUGCUUACAUGUGCUUCUACCACAGCCCUUCCCUCAGCCUCUACAAAUAAAGCUUUGGAUGAGAGACAGGAGAUUGUAGGAGAGAAAGAAGCUAUGUGGCUGUACGUAUCCCAUGGCAGAUGUGGCUGCAAAUCUGAGACCCCCAAAGAUGCUUUUUUCAAGAGGCAACUAGACUUCCUGGUUUUUCUUUGAAGACGUUUCAUUUCUCAUUCAAGAUGGUGCUUCAGAAGAAGCUCUGAAGAGCUGAAGAAACUUCUUGGAUGAGAAGCUUCUUCUUCAGCUUUUUCAGCUCUAGUUGCCUCUUGAAAAAAAGCACCUUUGGGACAGCCAUGACUUGGAUGAUUGCAAAUCUCCAUAGACAUUUAAACCAGAUCCUUUGGGAGUGACAACCUGAGAGAGCACUGAAUAAUUCGGAAGCAAAGGCUGUAUACAAUUACCUAUAACUUUUUCAGAUGGAAUCCAUAUUGGAAUCUGUCCUUCCUUUCGGGCUAAUCUAGACAAAAUGUUUAAAAAAUAUUAUAUGAGAUUUCCCCUGACCACUCUUCACCAUUUUAAACAUUUUAGGGAUGGUGGACACAAUUAAACUAACUCCAUCCACUUGGAGCAACUUAUCAAAGGAUGUUUGAUUAAGUAAAGGUAAAAGUUCCCCUCGUACAUGGGUGCUAGUCGAUCCCGACUCUAGGGGGCAGUGUUCAUCUCUGUU